AUGUGUAUCCUCGGACCCCUAGAGAUAGGUUCCAGCACGAGCGCGGCCUGCAAGCGCCGGUCUCCCAGGUUGGGUCGGCGAGCGUUCGUCAGUGCGACGACAUCCCCCAUAUGCGCAGUUUCGCUGGCCGCCGCUGGCUUCCAUUUGGGCCGCAAGCUGUGUCGUGCUGUGCCGCCGACGCUUCUGCCAACCACAGACCCGUCUGUUGGGCAUGCGCGAAUGCCGCCUCGCGCGCUCCCAGCGCGGCCCCCAGGCUCGCUGCGAAACCCGCACGGCUCUCGGGCUCGGGGUCCAGAAAAUGCGCUUUUCCCAGCGGGCUCAGAAGGAUCUAUUCAGAGGCGUGGACCCGUGCCGGCCUCCCGUAUGCGCAAUGAAUUGAAGACGACGCUCGCUGUGCGUAUGCCAUCAGCGCAGGGCAACCCUCGCGGCAUCGAAAUUCUCCCAUCUUACAGGGAGCUGCUUCGAGUCUAUAGGCGCCUCUCGCGCCGCACAUCAUCUGACCCCACAAAGUCAGAAAAGAAAACCGCGCUUGAUCUCGCGACAGCCUAG